ACCAUUGCUCAGCAGUCGAAGCUAACAAUGUAUAAGUUGACAAUUAUAUGCGUUUUACUGCAACUUGCGCAAGGUGCGCAAUAUGUUAAGGUAGCUUUGACCGAACAAGUGACUGUAGAGAGUGAGCCGUUUACAAUUCCUUUCGAUAAAGUGAAGCUGAAAAUUGGAGGUACUUACGACAGCAGCGCACACAAAGUUGAAGUGAUGCAGUCAGGAAAAUAUUAUGUCGAAAGUCAUGUGGUAGUGGAAAGCGAGUAUCCACCUGUUGUGGAAAUCAUGAAAGAAAGUGGAGACGAGCAAUCCGUUGUGGCAUCAUGCGACGAAUUAACGGAUCAAAGAUGUAAAUUCGGUGAGCGGCUCCAACUCGAAAAGGGUGAUCAAAUCUACGUAAGAGUAAAUUCUCAUGCAGAUUCACCCACUACUGUUUUGCAAUCAGACACAUACUUAUUUGUAGCAUCCAUAUAGUUUCACAAUAAAUAUGUGAAAGAAAGAGA